UUAGGAUGCCGCCUGACUGCAGUGGAGAUAAGGGCGACCAGCCACAACUGGGAGAGCUGCGGCCCUUCCCCCGUGGGAGACCCACCAGCUUCGACGCCCCUGUCGAUGCAGCGUCGACAAGACAGGUGCCCCCGCGUGGGCAAGGAGCACAGCCGCCCCAGUUGUGGCCGGUCGGUGAGGUUACGACGAGGAGACCGCGGUCUUUGUCCGCUCCUGCCUGGACGACAGCUCGUCGCUGGCGAUGGCAGGCGACUUCCUGCGGUGCUGCAUGUCCAUCACGGAUGCCAACGGGUACCUCGGCCGCUGCCACAUGCACGUCUUCUCCGCCCGGCAGGCCGAGCUGCUGCUGCGGCGGUCGUUCGGCGGCCACUGCGCGGGCGCCCCCCGCUUCGCGAGGCUGCUGGACGUGGGCGCCGGGGACGGCCACGUCACGGGCAAAUUGGCUGAGUUCGCGGACAAAGUCGUGGCCACCGACGUGUCCCCCGGGUAUGGUAGAGCGCCUCGCGGAGCGGGGCUUCUGCGCUAUCCGGACAGGCGAGGCCACCCGGGAGGCUACCCCGAUCGCGCGUUGGUGGCACCCCGGACCACCUCCUGGCAGCCUCUCACCAAAGGCGCUGGGCGAGCACGCUGCUGGCGGGGCCACCUUCGACCUCGUGGCGCUGUUGAACGUGCUCGACAGGGCGAGCCGGCCGCGCACGCUGCUGCGCCAGCUCGUCGGCCUGCUGACGCCCGUGGCGGGGCGCCUGGUGCUCGCGGUGGUGCUCCCCUUCCGCCCCGGGGUGGAGGACGGCACGGCGUGGCUGGACCCGGAGGAGGAGCUUCCUAUCUUCGGGGCCAGCUGGGAGGACGCGCUGUCGCAGCUGGUGGUGGAGGUGCUGGAGCCGAUGGGGUUCCGCGUGGAGGCGGCGAGCCGCGUGCCGUACGUGUCGCAGGGCGACUGGCACACGAACUACUAUGUCCUCAGCGACGCGCUGCUGGUCCUGAGCGCGCCAUCCCGCGGCGGGGCCGCCGGCGAGACGGCGAGCGGCGACACGGCGGCGGCUUAAAAAG